AUGCCAGUUGAUCCAGAAAAGUUAGCUAAAUUACAAAAGGCUUCUGCCAAGAAAGUCGGUGGUUCUAGAAUCAAGGCUAAGAAGGUUAUCAAGACUGAACAAGAUGACACCAAAUUGAUUGAAGCUUUAGGUAAAUUGAAAGCUACCAAGAUCGAAGGUAUUGAAGAAGCUAACUUCUUCAGAGAUGACGGUAAGGUCUUACAUUUCAACCGUGUUGGUGUCCAAGGUGCUCCAGCUUCUAACACCUUUGCUUUCACUGGUUACCCACAAGAAAAGAACAUUACUCAAUUAAUUCCACAAAUCUUACCUCAAUUGGGUGCUGAAAACUUAGAAAUCUUAAGACAAUUAGCUGAACAAAUCCAAGCUGGUAAGACUCCAAAGGGUUUUGAUGCUGGUGCUGAAGCUGCCGCCGCCGAUCAAGGUGCCGAUAUCCCAGACUUAGUUGAAGGUCAAAACUUUGAUGACGUUGAAUAG